ACCGUGUUCUUUAAGGGCUUAUCCCCUUCAGGACAGCAAUGACCGGCAGGGCCAGGACUCGAGCCCGCGGCAGAGCGCGUGGUCGGGCGUCCCCGCAACCUGCCGCACCUGGAGCCGCCGCCGCCGCACCUGCAGCCGCCGCCACACCUGGAGCCGCUGCGGCCACCCAGCAACCUGGUCAAAUUCAGCCUAGACUCCAGCCACUGCCAGCAGAGGGCCAAGUGGUUGAGCCUGGACAGCCAAGAGGCGCAGAAGGAACAUCUCAGCCUUCAGGGGAACUUCAGCUCUUGGCUGGAUUGCGGGCGGCAUCGCUGAGGGAGAAGAGGCCUUAUGGUGGAGUUUUUCGAGAUCUCGUAGUGAAUACUCGGCAGAACCUGGACCAUGUCAGAGAGUCGAAAACAGGCUCGAAAGGUAUAGCUGUAAGGCUCUUCGCGAACCAUUUCCGGGUGACGUCUCAUCCCCAGUGCGUCACGUAUCAGUACAACGUUGACUAUAUGCCAGACAUAGAGGAUGGGAAUCUCCGUGCAGAGUUACUUAAGCAGCAUGAAUCACUACUUGGAAAGUGUUGUAUAUUUGAUGGAAACUCUUUAUUAUUACCUCGUGUACUACGUAAACGGAAAACAGAAGUGGUCAGCCUGUACAAAGGACAGCCUGUGAAGAUUAUCUUCGAGUUCUGCAGAGAACUCAAGCCCUCCUCACCAGAUUGCCUGCGCUAUUACAACAUCCUCUUUAGAAAAAUUUUGAAGUUGAUGAAUUUGAAACAAGUUGGUCGCAACUAUUACAAUAAAAGUGAGGCCACUCAGAUCUUGAAUCAUAGGUUGGAAAUCUGGCCUGGUUAUUUCACGUCCAUUCUCGAGUAUGAAAACAGUAUUACCCUCUGUGCUGACGUGAACCAUAAACUGCUCCGAAUGGAAACUGCUUAUGAUUUAAUAAUGAGGAUUUGUGACAGUAACAGAGGGGAAGAUGCCAAAAAGCAAGUUUCUAAAGCAUUAGUUGGAUUAAUUGUUCUCACCAAGCACAACAACAGAACCUACAGAGUGGAUGCUAUUAAUUGGGAGGAGACUCCUAAAGCUACGUUUAAAAAAUCAGAUGGCAAGAGAAUCACCUUUGUAGAAUAUUACAAGCAGCAAUAUGACACACAGGUCACUGACCUAACUCAGCCACUUUUGAUCAGCAAGGGAAAAUGGAAAAAGAGCCAACAGGACACACCCCAUGAACCUGUGCUGCUGGUUCCUGAGCUCUGCAGCCUGACAGGUCUAACAGAUGCAAUGCGUCAAGACUACAGGGUGAUGAGAGACUUGGCUGUUCACAUGAGGUUGGAUCCAGAAAAAAGGCAGCACGAAUUGCAAAAAUUCAUGAAUACUGUACAAAAAGAUAAGUCUGCACAAAAGGAGCUUCAACUCUGGGAUUUGACAUUUGAUACCAACUUUUUGUCCUUCUCAGGAAGACUUUUGAAAGAAGUCAGAAUUUUCCAAGGAAGAAGAAUGUUUAACUCCCAUCCACUAUUUGCAGAAUGGUCAAAAGAAACAAGAAAGGGACCCUUACUUAAGGUGAAGUCACUAGAUCAUUGGCUAAUACUUUAUACUAAGAGAAAUUACGGAGCAGCCUCUUCAUUAAUGCAGUGUCUACGGAAAGUCACACCCACCAUGGGCAUAGCGAUGAGAGAUGCAAAAAUGCUUGAAGUAAAUGAUACAGUCAAAUCCUAUAUAAAUGUCUUAGAAAAACACGCUUCCUCAAAAACACAGAUGGUUCUUUGUGUGCUGUCAAGUGACAGGAAAGACAUGUAUGAUGGCAUAAAAAAAUUCCUGUGUGUCAAUUACCCCAUUCCAAGCCAAUGUGUGGUGGCACGGACCUUAGACAAACCCCAGACGCUGAUGACCAUUGCCACAAAGAUUGCCCAGCAGAUGAAUUGCAAGAUGGGAGGAGCCCUCUGGAAGGUGGAAACAGGAUUGCAGAAUACAAUGUUCAUUGGUAUUGAUUGUUUCCAUGAUAUUGUAAAUCGACAGAAGUCAAUUGCAGGAUUUGUGUCAAGCAUCAACAAUGAGUUAACGCAGUGGUUCUCUCAAUGUAUCUUCCAGGAAUCGGGGCAGGAGCUUGUGAGUGGGCUGAGGGCCUGCUUGCAAGCUGCUCUGAAGCUCUGGCGUGAACAUAAUCCAUUUAUGCCACAUUCUGUUAUUGUAUAUCGGGAUGGCGUGGGAGAUGGUCAGCUUGAAGCAUUGAUUAAUUAUGAAAUACCACAGAUUUCUUCGUACUUAAACAGUAUUUUGCAUCCAAAGACUGUCAAACUAACAGUCAUUGUGGUGAAGAAACGAAUAAACACCAGAUUUUUUAUUGAGUCUGAAGGAAAACUUCAAAAUCCACGUCCAGGAACAGUCAUUGAUGUAGAAUUGACCAGGAAGGAAUGGUACGAUUUUUUUAUUGUGAGUCAGUCAGUGAAGGAGGGUACUGUCACUCCCACUCAUUAUAACGUCAUCCAUGACACUGUUCGCUUGAGCCCGGAUACCGUCCAGGGUCUGACUUACAGACUCUGCCACAUGUAUUAUAAUUUGCCAGGUGUCAUCCGAGUUCCGGCUCCUUGCCACUACGCCCACAAACUAGCUUACCUUGUGGGCCAGAGCAUUCACCAAGAACCACAUCAUUCCCUGACAAACCGUCUCUUUUACCUUUGACCUACAGAAGGAAGCCUGUUGGGAUGUUGAAAACCACAAUUUGGAAAUUUAUUUAUUUUUUUCCUUUUGAAGCUGUACAUCUGAAAUAUUUUCCUAGACGCAGAGUUUUAGAUUCUUAUCAUUCUUGAUUGGACGCGGAGGAGAUUCAGAGUGAUGCAGGCUAUUUUCAGUACUAUCACUGACUUGACAUGAGACUUCUAUUUUCUAGGUGGGAGAAUUGACAGUGAGGGUUUGGUCUUGGAAUUGACCUUUCAAAUGUGUUACAAUGACUUAAUGAUUAAACGUGCCUGCGUGCUUUGCACUCCAAGCAAUGCUGCUCUAUUAAUUAUAAAGGAUGGGCGUUAGUCACAUGGAGAGUACAUCUAUGAGCAAGAAAUUGUACUUGGAAAAUGAUAUAUACUUUAUUUGUGAAAUAUUUCGUAUUUAAAGGACAGCAAAGACAUAAAAAUAGCAAAAUUGUGAUUUGUGUUAUUUACUAUUUUGUAUGAACAAAAUGACCUAUAUGAAGUAUUGUUUAUUCUUUGUACUGGGGUCACAAUUUGAUUGUAUUUUUUGGUGGAGCUGUAAUAAGGAGGGCCUUGUGAUUUAAAAGUUGGCAGCUUAGGAACAUUGAAAGAUUUUGUUACUUUUUCCACAAAGAAGGGAAAUUAAGAACUCUAUUGGUAUUUCUGUUUAAUUCAUUCUCUUGUGCAUGUUUCAAGUGUAACAUUGUAUUAGCUGUACCAUAAUCAGAAAAGACUCUUGAAUAAGUUGUUUAAGUGAAGCUACUAUGUUUUUCCUGAAAGCAGACACAUUUUUUUCUCUCCAGUUAAAACUAUCUUUAAAUAGACUCGGGAAACAAUAUGUGAAACUUGGUUUUCUUAUACUCCUAGAUAGAGUGGUAUUUUUGGGGAGAGGAUAGAUUAUCUUCAAAUAUACCAGAAGGGGUAUGUUCAAAAACAAUCUAGUUCCUUUGAUUAUUAGUUAAUCAAUUUAGGUUUGUAAUGUGAACCAGUCUUAUAAGAAAUAAAAUUAAAACAAGUCAUUUAAAAAAUAUAUUGUAAUCUGGUAACCUCUGCCUAGCAGUACUGCCAAUAAUGAUAAAUGUAAUACAAGAGAUGGCUCCAUGAUUAAAGAAAGUUAAGGCAACAUGUUCUUUUCAAAGCUAGAAUUUGAUUUAUGGUAAUACAUUUCUAUAAAUCUGUAAAAAUAAUUUGGAAGGAACAGAUUCAAAGUAGUUGUUAAAAACUGAAUGUUUCCUAUAAAUGUGAUGCAAAUAUCAUUUAUUCAUAACACUAUA